AUGAUGUUGCAAGUGCAACAACAGCGGGCGAAUCACGUUUGUGAUGGAGUUCGAUGUCCUUGUCAGAGGUAUGAGAAUGGCGAAUUAGCUCUAGUGGUGAUGAAUCGUAACAGAAAUCACGGCAAUCAAGAUCGCGAAGAUUCGUACCAGAACAUCGGACGUGGACAGCAGAGACCAGCCCCAUCACCGAGGAUGAACAACGGGUUGCCGGCAAAUCCAAAUUUUUUGAAUCCUCAGUACCAAAAUCCGGUUGAUCUUUUAAGAAAUUACAAUCGUAAUGGAAGAAUUAACGAACCAGAGGAAAAUAUUUACGAGAGAUUGGACAACGAUGAGGACGAAGACGGAGAGGAAGAAGAGAACAUGAACGAGAACGAAGACGAACAGCGUGCCGAAGGCUUGAGAAACGAGAACGCUUUAAAUCCUUCUUUGGAAUUGCACAAUGCUGAUAACCACAUGUACGAAAGAAUCGACAAUCGUUCGUGGUAUCGAGGUGCGAUGAACAAUCGUCCUGCCAACGAAACGCAUGCGUCAUCAAAUCUACCAUCCGCAAAUUUCUGGAAUUUCAUUGAACCCUCCAACUCGAAUAAUCAUUAUGAUCAUCCUCGCUACGUUUACGCGAGAACGAUCAAUCAAUCGUGUGUCAAUCGGCUCGGACGCCUCGGUAGAAAUUGUUUCUCCAGCGAGAAUAUUGCUGCUGCCACGAGCACGAGACGUUACGUUUAUCAACUUGGCCAUAGUCGAAUGUGUCAAUCCUGCACGAGAUUUCCCUUCGGUCAUCGCGAUGUACGCUAUGCCUGUCAUUAUUGCAAUGCCUUUCACGAUCGUUUUCGAUACUACGAAAACGGCAAUUCAGCCAGCCAAUUGGGCAAUUCUCGACAUUACAUCUAUCAAGUAACGAGGUCUUGUCGAUGCCCCUUUUGUCGAGGAGAUUAUCAUUAUACAAGGUUCCCCAUGAAUACCGGACGUCUCGCGGAAUCUUUUCCCCGAGAUUGUCAGUGUCGCAAUCCUGGUAAUUGUAAUUGUCGAGGGAGAAUGAUUUCUAGUUCGAAUUCAGCGAUUUAUAUUGGCAGGAUCGACCGCAUGGGUCUCGUUCAAACGGUCAAUAAUCCACUGUACUCCAGCCCAACCAUUUACAUCGGCAGAAUCGAUCGAUCAUGUGCAUCCGGUUUGAGCAGCAAUUCCGGAUUUUCCGGAAUCACUGGAAAUCCUUCAAACUCCGGUGAAUCCAGUAGUAACAAUUCCGCCGGUUUAGCACCGGUCCCGUCGGUUUCUGGUGCUUCUACGUCACAAAACGAAGCUGCCACCUCCGGCAGCCAACGCGGCAGCACUCUCAAUUCUGCUGGAACCUCUACAACUUCUGCCGUUUGCUCGAUCGCUGGAAAUUCCGAGAGACAACACGUUUGCGAUGAUUCUUGCAUCCGUACAAACUCCGGAAAUUUGACUGGUGUUUGCCAGUUUUUGGCUCGCAACGAACGCUCCGAAUGCCAACAUGGACGCGUCUCUUUUCACUGGUGGUUCGUCAAUCGGUGGCUUCCACCUUGGGGCUCCCAGAGCCAAAGCAAUGACAGAAACCAAGCCAACCUGGAACCGCAGCAACCGUUACAAGCUGCUCCCAGGAUAGACGAAACCCGUGAACGUCACGAAAGUGACACCGAGGAAUCGCGUGAUUAAUUCAACGACGAUUCAUUGUUAUACCGAAGUUUGCAUCGUUUCAAGGCAACGGAUACCUUCCUCAUGUUUUUAUUCUUUUUAAUUACCGAUGUUCUUUCAUUUCUUGCAGUUCUGGGUUUCGGGAAGAAUUGACCAAAUUCUCGUAACCUAAGACUUGAGAAAAAUAAUGCAAAAUAUCAAGGGUUCCGUCGAGUGUCAAUAAUGCCAACUUCAAACUCACGGAACUAAAUUUAGGCAGUCAUAAAAUCGUCAAUCGGGAGAAGUUACUUUUCUCAAUUCGAAAAACUGCUCUCUCGGUCAUGGUUUUUCCGUUAUCCAAUCAUGCACCGUUUUUACGAGAAAGUUAUGUUGCUAACUGCGAACUUUUAUACUCGAAACUAGGAAUGAACCCGAGUAAAUCCGAUUUUAUUUGACGAGCAAAUUUUUGAAAAAUUUUCUCUUAAAUUUUGUGUUUUUUAAUCAGAUUUACAUGACUAAGCAAAAAGUCAGCGUUUGCAGUCACCUCUUUUUCAGUGACGAGAAAUGGUCGCACCGUUUCGAGUGUAUAAAUAUGCGUGUACAUGUCGGUGUGUGCGUGAUGUUUUCGAAAUAGAAAAUUUAUAUGCGAAAAUGAGUGUUUUUGUUUUUAUGAAAGUCGUAAUUUAUUUCUUCUAUUUUGAAUUCAACAGAUUUGUAAUAUAAAGCUGUUCUUAUCGUUCGCAACUGGAAAUGUCAUUUUAAUCGAAAGUUUUAGGCAAAUCAUCAAUUCUUUGUUUACCGAGUUAUAUUUUCGCAUAUCGAUUUUGUCGAAUGGAGCACGAUGCACGGGAAUGAGGUCAAGCUUCGUCACAAAUACUCGAAAACCGUUUGGCAAUUUUUCGUUCGAUUUGUACGACGAAUGAAACUGUGAACAUUUCGUUAAAUUAAAUACUCGAUAAAUAAUAAUUCUACGUUUACAUUGGCCGUGAAUUACAAUAGUGAAUAAGACUGAAGAUCGACAGUUUUCAACCGAAACAUUGCCUGAUAAUUUGAACAAUACCUAAUUUCAUUCGUUCUUAAUUUUGAAUUGUCUAAAUUGGACAAAAGUCUAAAGAAACUGCAGCGUUUUUUCAAAAUUCACGAACAUCGAUUAGCGACAAUGAAUACGAUAAAAGAUCGUUUAAUAUUGUACAGGCAAAACAAUUAUUGAUGGAUAAUCAGGUUACUUUUAUUAAGGCGUGAAAUUAGGUUGGUGUCUAUUGAAAAGUCAUAUGACCUCUGAAUUUUUUUCAUUUGUGUAAAUCAUUUCAGUCAUCGAAAAAACGUGAACGCUUCGUUUGUUCUCUUGGAAAGAUUCGAUGCCAUGAAUACGAAUUUUCUGAGUCGAUGAACGAGCGAUUUUUCAAAUACCGCCUCCAGAAAGAGUCGAACAAAAAAACAAAUUUGAAGUAUUCUGGAAGUACAACUGUUUCAUUUUCAUUGCUAAAUGCAAUUGAUGUGGUUUAUAAACUUGUAAUGACGAAAAAUUGAACGACAAUAUCAAGGAACAAAAUUCAGCACUUUAUAGAAUUUUUAUGAAGGGUUCACGUUUUUUCAGUGACUUUUUCAAAUAAUUUAUACAAAGAAAAACUGUAAGAGCUGCUGUUUGUAACGAAUAAUUUUGUGACGUAAGACAUCAAGAGAAUUUAAGACUACAGAGUUUAUAUAAUGAUGAUUUUUGCUUGAAUCGGUCGUUCGUAGCUUACGAUAAUCUUCCGUUACAGUUGUAAGCUACUCGACGUUAUCUCGAUGUUGGUUAUCGUUGAAUAUCAUUCCGUCAGAGAUGGGAAAACGUGGUUGUUGGUAACAGUCGAAAACGUGCAAUAGCAUGGCUUCAAUUUGCUCAUAUUUAACAUUAUUCUUACGAUUAAUUCGUUGGUGCAUUGACUAUUCGGAGAAUUGGUUCUGGUAAAAAAGUGUACGAUGGAGACUAAAAUUCCAAAGAUUUACGGGUAAUUAAAAACAUUAAUCGUUCAUCCCAUCUCUGCGUGUAUUUCGUUUUUUAGUGCUAUUUCCUAUUUCGAAUUAGUAGAUAAACGAUUCAGCUUCUCCCUAUCAUCGAGUUAAUCUUGAUCUUUGUAUAUGUUGAAUUUUGACAGCUUCCAUUAUUCAGCAUCGAUUUUACGGGAUAUUAAAUUUUGUAGAAAGUGAGAAAAUCUGCGUGGACGGAGAAGAGCGACGGCCACCCUUCGCAAGGCUCGUAUAAGCAGCCUUGAUUUUUUUUUUUUUUUUUUUACCAAGAGUUGAGCAAAAAUGUACGAAAAUACAGCUUUUCUCAACAGUUGAUUCGUCUCCGUAGGUCCGGAAGCGAAUUCCAAAACGAACAAAAAUAGAAAAUAUUUCGAGAUGCCGUUUGCGUAUUUUUUAUGUUGACAAUUAAACUCGAAUGUGUGUAAACGUUAUCGCAGUAAUUUGUAACAUAAAUUCGACUCUCCAUUGUGAAUUUGUAGAACUUUGUAUAUAGGGGAAAAAAAUUUAGGGAAAAUAGCUUUACGCAAAAUUUUCUCAGACAGACGAGUUAUCGAAGUUGGUUUUUCCAUUGAAACAAGUUUGUUGAAGCAUGCGGAUAAACUAUCGUAAAGAAAUUAGUAGACUGAGAUUCAUUUGAUUCACAUUACAAUGAAAAAUAGAGAGCUCGAAUUGUAAGAGCGGGUUUUGACGCAUCUUUGAACUUUUAUGAAGAUACGUUGGGAGUGUUGGUAAUGAAUUUUUUUCAGAUACUUAUGACUUUGAAUAUGAGUUUAACAUUUCUGGUUAUAUUCGUGGUUUUACGAUCGAUAAUUUAGCUCGCUCUCGUUUCAGUAAAUUCGAUCGAUUUUUAAUAUCUUUCUCUCUUCGGACGAUGCAUGAUUUUCAUAUGAAAUGAUCUGACUGAGUGGUACGAAUCGUUAAACCAAUUAAUCGAAAAAAUUAUGAUGAUAUUCAUAAAAAACAGUCAAUCCAUUGGAUUAUUAGGACGAUGUGAAUAUAAUCGGUCCUAAACAUUCGAAAAAACGAGUUUCAUUUGUCGAUUCUCGCUUACAGGUGAAAAAAAUGUUAUGGAAGAUCCUGAACGGUAUAUUUCGACGAAUCAUUGGUCCGAGUGCAGAAAGUAUGAAAAUUAUCGUCUUGAAAAUUUCAGAGGAACCACAACUUUCUAAACCCCACGAUCUUUCGAAUUUGCCAAGUCUGGGAGGAUCGUUGAACCAACUUUUGAAUGAUUUCUUAACUCCUCAAAUGACAACAAAAUGACACUUGGCUAGCGAAUAGUUUUCUAACGAGCCCUCAAUCCCUAGUCGUAUUUUCCUUUCCCUCGAGGCAUCACAGGCAACGUUGAUUAAAAUACUCGAGACGAUAUUCCUCGUGUAAACUGUCAAUAGCGUGUUACAGUCAGUAUUAGAAAAUAACGAGGAUUAGAGAUUAUUGUAAAACAAAAUUAUUCGAAAAAAUAUCGUAACGAUAACAAUAACGAUUAUUUCAUAAGAUAAAUUGAUCAGCCGAACGGAUUGUAAUGUUUCGAGAUAUCGCACAUUUUCAGCACGCGUCUCACGACGAAAUAGGAAUAAAGGCAUCGCGGAACGAACGAGUUUGUGAAAAAUAUGGGAAUAAAGAGAUAAUGUUAGAUUUUUAAAAGACAUGGAUAUUGCGGGAGGACAGAAUCUGUCACAUGUAUAUUUAUUUUUUGUAUAUGGAGCCGUUGUCCCUUGCAUAUAAGGACUGGAAAAAGCUCGUGUCAAUAAAGAAUAAUCUUUCUUGAACGUA